GUGCUCACGGGCCGACCGCCUGCCCUGCAGCACCCCAACGGCCGCAUCGAGUACCAGUUCGAGCACCUCAACGGCGAUCUUCGAAGGCUGGCGCAGAUGCUCGACAAGCGCGGCCAGUGGCCCACCAGCAUGGUGGAGAGACUGGGCACGCUCGCGCUGCACUGCACCUGCGGCGACGCCGAGCGCCGGCCCACCUUCAUCCAGAUCGUCACGCACCUACGGGCCUGGCUCCGCGAGCCCGUGGAGGAGCAGCCCGCGGAGGACAGAGGCCACCACGCGCACGGGGGGCGCGGCGUCGAGCCGGUCGCCGCGCACGCGCAGCAGGCGCAGCAGGCGCAGCAGGCGCAGCAGGCGCGGCAGGCGCGGCACGCGCAGCAGGCGUACGCGCACGCCCAGCAGCAGCACUCGCAGGUGCCGUUCCCGCAGGCCGGCGCCGGCGGCGCCUCCCACGACGCGCGGCGCCGG